UAUAUUCAUGCGAAGUGUGUUUGUGGGACACACCUGACUGACUAACAGCCUCCCAACAGAAAUUCUGUGCGCACUAUAUCUUCAUUUUCCUCUUUUCUGUGUUCCUCCCUCUUUCUACCAGUUAUCUAACAGAGAUUGAUAUCGUACUACCUACGUUACCUUGAGACACAUACCAGAUAACUUCAACAAUAUUGGAUAUCCCAGUUGUCCUAGCCACCUCUCCUUGUUCAUACUCUCAGGAAGGGUGUUACUUGCCCAUUCAGGACUCAAACGUGCCCAUCAGCCUAUAGUCAUAGUUUGAUACGCCACUGUCAUAAAGACCGUCCUAUACCAUAAAAUUUGCCGAGUAUAUCCACUUGAGCAUCUCCUAUUUUGAUAUAAUGUCAGACAACCGCUCGACUUCUCCUAUCUCUGUUCCAUCGUCGCGACAACGUCGAGCUUCCUUGGCGUCGGGUCUUGGCUUGGCUGAUUAUCUGUCGAAGCCCGGGAAUCAAGGGACCACUUCAAGCGUCCCGACGGGCCCAAUGGCCAGUGCCGUAGCCAACGCGCAGUCGCACCAUGGGCGAAGGCUGUCCAUUACUACGCUAGGGCUCUCGGGCUCGCCGACCCAGACUUCUCCGUUCGGGGCCAGAAACUUACGACAUAGUAGCGUAUCCAGCUCCAUGGGAUCCAACUCCGCAAGCCUCGAGGACGCGGUCAUGGAAGACAGUGAAAAUGGCCCUCCUAGUGUCACACCGAGCUCUCCAUUCGCACGAAGGGUUUCAUUUGGUGCACAAGCCUUGCGAGAUGUUCGUGGAGGAAGCACAGGCAAUGGUAGAUAUCCCUCUCCUAGGUCACCUGUGGCUGGAGGACGCUCAAGUGCGUCGCCAGCUAGCAGCGCUUCUGCCAGUAGAUCCACUGGGUCAAUUGCUGCAAGUACACACAGAAAUUUUCCUCAGAACGAUAACUCUAACGCUUUUUGGCGACCAUUAGGCGAAGGCUUCAACUGGUCUGAAGCUCUCCGGACUCGGGCAGAGCGUGCCCCAUCGAUUGGAAACAUCUCCCCAAAUACGCCUCAAAGCCAACAUGCAGCCAACACAGGCCAGCAUGGGCAGCAUCAGCGGGCAGCAUCUAUUGCUUCAAUAGAGCAACCAACCCGGGAAAUGUCUAAGCAACCUCGGCAGAAUAAACCGGAUUUCUUUCAGGAGAAAAUACUUCGUGGGGAUUUUAUGGACUAAGCUUAAUGGUUUCAUUUGUUGAGGCCGUCUUUAUCUCUGUCUUGCUUUUCCCUAUGACUCACCUAUGAUCAUACGAUUGUGUAGCUUUUAAGAGACACACGAGGAGAAGAAAAUCAAAACAAGAAGGAAGAGGGGAGAUACUACUGUAUCUGAUCAGAUGAGGUGGUAUUUCAGACGAUGCAAUUUGAAGGGCACAUCGUGAUUAACUUUACAGUAACCUGGCCACCUCUCAUCGCGAUAUACCCCUGAUUUGUC